GUGUGAAAUCCAUUAUAAAAGAAACAGGUUUCAGCUUUUAGAAAAGAGAGGAUGACCUUCUCUUGUGGUUAAACACUCAUUUCAAAACUUUACCAUUCACAAAUAGAACUGAAGAAUAACAGGUAUACCCUUGUCUUGACUAAAGUUGGGGCUAACAGUUUUUAUUAUUGUUUUCUGUAAGUGUGUAAGACUACUGAGACUGUAAUAAAGGUUCGAAGACUAUCCACCAUGUCAUCAGCAGUUGCUGCAGCAGGCCAUGUGUUCAGCACCAGAUGGGAGUGGUACUGGAAAGAUGAGAACAACAAGUGGCAGUCAUAUGAUACUCCUGGUGAUGGACAUGCUGUGAACACAACCAGUAGUCAGUGUUUUGAAAGAGAGUAUCAAGCAGGGAAGGACACUCACCCUUUUAGUGCUUCUCAUCACCAAUACACUUUGAACUUUAAAAGAUGGUGCCAGAAAAAUAACAAGUAUAAGACAGAAAGGCCUGUCAGAAGGAGACCAGCUGAGUUUGUGUCCAAACAUAAUAUAGCAGAUAUUGUCUCUCAAAGGCGUAAAGCAGUCAGUAUGGCCCGACCAUCCACUUCGGCAGAGGCGGACAGGGUGCCAUCCCACUGGUCUUCUAUUCCUGAUGGCAAGGAUUACUCAUGUGAACGUUUGUCAACCAUCACUGAAGAAUACAAGAAGACAGAGAAGAGAUUCAAUGAUUCAAUGGAAAAGAGCCACAAAAUUGUCUCCAUAGAGCGAGUGCAGAACCUGGAACUGUGGAUUCAAUAUGCACAGAAGAAGGGCCGCAUGGCUAAGAAAAGCGGCAAAGAGCCCGAAGAACGCCAACUCUUCCAUGGAACAAAACCCGACACUGUCAAAGCAAUCUGCCAACAGGGAAUCGACUGGCGAAUGUGUGGAAAACAUGGUACAGCUUAUGGCGAGGGAAGUUAUUUUGCUUCUAGUGCUAAGUAUUCUCACCGUUAUUCUAAUCACGGUGUUACUCGUGGUAAUAAGCAGAUGUUCUUGGCUAAGGUUCUGGUAGGUUCUUUUACAACUGGAGACAAAUCUUUUAAAAGGCCUCCUCCUAAAGAUUCAUCCAAUCCACAUGUGUUGUAUGACUCCUGUUGUGACAACACAGCGAAUCCGGCAUUGUUUGUUGUGUUUGAAAAUGGGCAGUCCUAUCCUGAAUUUUUGAUCACUUACACAUGAUUUAUUAACUUUUAUUGUUUACCGUGAUAUAAUGAACAAUAAUGUAACGAAACGUAACGAAAUGGCACAUCUUGUAGCCACCUAAUGGAUGGUAAUGUGACCUGAGGUAGCAAAACGAACUGUAAAGUAACGUAACAUAUCAGUGAUACUGCAAAGAAACAUAAAGUACUUUGGUGUGAGAGUUGUAUACCAUCAUAGUCAAAAUGUGCUCUUCUCAGCAUAAGUCGAUAGAUGAGUUCAAGUUCUUUAUUUUCUUAAUGUUUUUUGAAAUAGUUUUCAUUUACUUUAAUGACAGUUUUAAAUAUUCAAAACAGAUUGACGCCGUAUCGUCAAAGAGGAUACAUUCCUCUCUAAAUAAGAAGAGAUAACAAUUUGAUAGUUUUUUUUAUAUAUAUUUACAAGUAGUCCAUGAAAUUUUGGAAAAUUCCUUUGAAGGUGGGAAAAAAGUAAAGUUGAAGAAAUAAGAAGAAAUUACAAGUAAUGAAAUAACAUAA